AUGUUGACACUGUCACACAUGUCACAGCUUCUCGGCUGGCUUUACUUUUCUUGCUGGUCCUUGUCGUUCUACCCAACUAUUCUUUCCAACAUGAGAUUAAAAUCAGUACAAGGAAUAUCAAUUGACUUCAUGUUUUUUAACACAGCAGGUUUUACUCUAUAUUCCCUUUACACGGGAUUUCUGUGUUACAGUACUAAAAUCCAAUAUGAAUUUUAUCUUCGUCAUGAUAAGUAUCCAUUGAUCAAAUCUAACGAUUUCUUUUUUGGAAUUCAUGGCCUUCUCCUUAAUUUACUCCUUAUCAGUCAGGCGUAUUUUUGGAGAUUCAAGAAAAAUGAUAAUCAAGUCAUCUCCAGCAUAUGCAAGCUUGUAUAUGCUACCUUGGUUUUGUUUUCCGCAGGGUAUGGGUUAAUAAUUCAUUUCACUUACGGGAAACGGUAUUGGAUUGAUCUUCUCACGUCGCUCGGUAUGGCCAAGAUUUUUAUGAGUGUGUGCAAGAACAUUCCACAGGCUAUUUACAAUUACAACCGGAAGUCAACACAUGGCUGGCCAAUUCAAAUGGUCUGGCUUGAUUUUGCUGGUGCAGUGUUCUCUUUUUCGCAGCUUUUCUUGGAUGCGUAUGUCGCCGGCGACAUAAGAAGCAUCUUCAACAACUUGCCAAAGUUCUUGUUGAGUAUA